AUGGAGCAUCGGCAAAAAACAAUGUCCACAGAUUAUGGGGAAAGAUAUACAUUUGAAGCAGAGUGGUUUGACACUGUUGCUUCGAUGUUGAGAAAAUUUAUUCUGUACUAUUAUCCAGCUGACAACACAGUGGAGAUUUACGAUGUUAAAAGUAAAAAAAUGUUUCUGCGUAGAACUAAAUGUGAAGGCGUACAUGCUAAAGAUCUUUAUAUCGGAGGAAUGGUCAACAUAUUUUCAAGAUGCAUCAAGAUAACUAACUUUGCAGAUCAUGCUACUAAAGUUAAACUUGCCAGUAGGAUGGAAAGAACAUUUGCAAUGAUCAAACCUGACGCGAUCGAUAAAAUGGGGGAAAUUAUGAAGAGAAUAACGAGGAACAACUUCCAUAUUGGAAAUAUUAAAAUGGUGCAUAUGACAAGGGAAGAAGCAGAGGAAUUUUACAUCGAGCACAAAGGGCAAAGCCAUUUACCAUCAUUGCUGAAGUAUAUCACGUCAGGUCCUGUCUUAGCCCUCGAACUUAUCGGUGACAGAGCAAUUCAAAAGUGGAAAGAACUGAUGGGGCCAGCAGAUUGCAUGGAAGUUCGGGAAGAGGCACAAAAUUCAAUCCGAGCCUGCUACGGAAAAGAUAAACAGCAAAAUGCUGUACACGGAUCGGAUUCUGCAGAGGCUGCAGCAAGGGAAUUGGCGUAUUUCUUUCCUGACCCAAAGAGUAAAAAUAGAAUUCUCAGAAACACAGCUACCCUCAAAAACUGUACAUGCUGUGUGAUCAAACCGCAUGCCGUGCAAUCGAGACUUGUAGGGUACAUAAUCGACGACAUACAAAAAGCUGGCUUCACGGUUUCGGCAUUGCAGCAGUUUCUUGUAGAUCCUACGAACGUCGAAGAAUUUCUUGAGGUUUAUAAAGGCGUACUACCAGAUUAUGGGGCAAUGGUCACUGAAAUGCAAUCUGGCCCGUGUAUUGCAAUGGAAAUCACACACAAAGAUAAUAGUAAAGAUGUACCUAAGGAAUUCAGGAAAUUGUGCGGUCCCAUGGAUCCCGCAGGAGAUAGCUCGGCAGUUGAGACCAGAAACGUUAAGGGCAAAGUAUGGGAAAACCAAGGUCCAAAAUGCUGUGCACUGUUCGGAUCUACCAGAAGAUGGGAUCUUGGAGGUUGAAUAUUUUUUCAAAAUUUUAGCGGACUGCUGAAAGCCUUCAACGUCACACUGUCGUUGCAUAACGAUUCAACUUCACUCGGGGAGCGAUCCGAGAAGUAAUAAGAAAAGACAAAUAAUUGAAUUUAAAUAUGAAUUGUAUUUUUUAUUAUACCAUAUGCAAUAAAUUUGCGAUUUCUA